UGGGGCCGACUGUGAGGAGGUUGCCACACCCACCCAUCGACACCACCAGCGCCGCGUCCUUCCUGGCGUUCGUACAUGUGGAACUUCUCGGAAACAGAGAUCAAGGAGUGUCCGUCGUUCCAGGAUGGGAUCUCGCAGCAGUCCAUUGACAUUUACAGGUUUAAGGGCUGCGAAUUGAUUGAACGAUUGGCCGCAGUGUUUCGACUGCCAAAGCUCUCUGUUGCUAGUGCCAAGGUUUUCUUCCACCGGUUCUAUGUAGUCCAGUCGUUCAAGCGGCAAGACGCGUGGCUAAUUGCCGCCACGUGCUUGUUCUUGGCAGCAAAAGUCGAAGAGCAUUACAUGAAAGCGGUGGAUUUCUCCAAGCAUUACCUGGCUUACCGAAGGAAAUUAAGCCACGAUGCGAAAAAAGCGUGCGGCGAUGGUGUGUUUCCAGUGGAAUCUGCGACUCCUCCGACUGUCCAAGCCCAAACUGAUGAACUGCUCUUCACCGAAUGCAUUGUCCUGCACGUCCUUGCGUACGAUUUGGGCGUCGUCCAUCCGCACGGCUACGUAAACGAAUUUGUGUCUCUCGGCCUUACGCACAUGGAUGUAUCUACUGACACGGCGAUGGAGUUGAAGCGAGCAGCAUGGAGCUUUCUGAACGAUAGCUCGAAUACUUGCUUGUGCUUGCGGUUCGAGCCUCGCGUGAUCACUGCCGCGGCAGUGUACUUGGCAGGCCACUAUUUGUCACAUUGGACCGAACCCCUCACAACCAAUGGUUCACAAAAGUGGUGGGCCGCGACGUCUAUUCCAGUUGGUGUGCUGCAAGACGCCGCCAAGGGUCUUUUGGAGACGUAUAUCAAAGGCUACAUGUACAAAAAGAAACCACUUCCGUCCGGAAUAGUCAGAUUAUUGCAUCUUCACGGGCUUCCCAACCCAUGCAAAGACAAGACGGAAGGCGACAGGGUCACCAGUGCGUAGGUAAUUUAUUGUAUAGAAACACUACCAUUUUUGGUGCUCCAUUUGAAUGCUGGGAAUCAAGUGAAGCAGCCCACUCGAA